AUGACCGUCCCAAUGCCUCCCUCACUCGUCACCAUCGAUGCCUCUGAGCCCCUCGAAAAGAUCUACGGGAUCAUCGAGCGAGAUGGAGGAGUUAUCGUUGAGAACAUGCUUUCUCCAGAACUCUUAGCCGAAUGCAUGUCAGCCAUCGAACCCCACUUCAAGACUCGUGAGACCUAUACCUCCAAGGCGACUCAUGAUGAACUCGGUGCAGAUUUCUUCCCGGAAGGCUCGAAGAGAGUUUACGCUUUACUUUCGAAAAUUCCAGACCAAUUGACCAAGAUUAUGAGACUUGAUGUAUGGCAAGGUAUCAUGAGUCGUUUCCUGAGUGACGAGUAUUACUCCUACACCGGUGAAACUCUCCUCCCUCAAAAAUCAGGUUACAUGCUUGCUUCUACUGCUGCUCUUCGAUUAGUCCCUGGAGCUAAACCACAACCAUUACACCGAGAUCAAAUAGCAUACAUGGUCAGACCCGAUCCAUCCAACCCGUUGUUCACUCCUAUGGUCGGAUGUCUGAUUGCCGGCUCUAAAUGCACUUACAAGAACGGCGCUACUGCCGUCAUCCCUGGCUCUCACUUAUGGGGUCCUGACCGAGCACCUAAACGAUCAGAAUGCACCUACGCCGAAAUGGAACCUGGAUCAGCCUUGUUUUGUUUGGGAUCAACCUACCAUGCCGCAGGCGAGAACAUCUGUGAACCUACUGACGAAGACGCCUUGAGAACCCUCUUCGCUGUUUUCGCUCAACGUGACUAUUACAGACAAGAUCAGGAGGAAAUCCUAUCCACUCCUAUUGAGAUCGCUAGGAGAUUGCCGGAGGAUAUCCUGAAGCUGUCCGGUUACCACAAAGCUGUCGGAGGUGUUGGUUAUGUGGAAGAUCACCAAAGUCCACACGAAUUCCUCCAAGCCGAUUAUGGACUCGGUCAAUUCGGUGCUGGGGCACAUGCGAUUAAGAAUGCCUUGUGA